UUGCCAACGGGACACAGCCUUGUCAUUGGCAAAAUAAUGUAAAUUAUUUAUUGUUUACAUUGGGAAUUAGCAAAUAUUUUGGCGAUAUGUGAUGUGAGAUUUAGUUUCCCAUCAGCAACAUGUCUUGGUUGAAUCUAAAUCAGAGUUUGAACAGUCUAAAGGGACAGAUUACGAAUUUUGCUACGGAGGUUUUAAAUGAUGGUUCAGGAAGUGCCAUUGCGGAGGAACCCUCGCAAUCAUCGCCUGAUGUGAAGAUUCUAGAAGAUAAAUGUCAUACCCAAGAGCUCGAGAUUGCAGCGCUAAAGAGGCUGACACAGGAGCUCGAAGCAUCUUUGCAAUCUGAGAGACUCGCCCGAAAGAAUGGAGUCAAAGAAGAUGAGACGAGCUGGUACUGGGACCCUCCACCUCAAGCCUCCAAACCCAACAGCGAGGUCGAAGCGUACAAAACCCAAAUACAAGAAUUACAAGCCAAACUUUCCGCCGUAGAAAACCAAAAGCCUACAGGUGAUGAUGAUGAAAUAGCCAGGUUAAGAGAAGAGAACCAAAAUCUAGCGAGCAGCCUAGAAGAUCUAGACAGCCAACACCAGAUGGCUAUGGAGAAGUUGCUGGCGCUUAAAAAAGAGCUACAAAAGAAUUUCGAAGUCCUUAAACAAGAGCACGAGGAAUUAAAAAGUGCUAAUAGUGAGUUUGCCAGUGUUAUUAAAGAGUUGGAAAGUAAAUUGGCAGAGAAGGACGAUGUAAUAGAAACUAUGAAAGCGUCUCAAUUUGAUUACGCCACCUUGCAUCAUAAGUACCAGAAUUUGGAAAGAGUGCACGGUCUUCUGAAGGAAAACGCUGAAAAGUUUCAAGAAGAAAAUCAGGAGUUGAACGAAGAAGUGUUCAAAUUACAGGAGCAGGUCGCGAAUUUAGAGCACGAGUUAGAAAUCGCGGGUAAACCACCCGAUUUAACUGAUAUGGUGCCAAAAGAGAAGUAUGAAAGUGUCCUUAAGCAACUAAACGAUUUUAAAAAGCGAAGAGAUUCCAAUCAGAUGCAUUUAGACGAAGUGAACAUAGACGAUAACGCUAAAGGCGUAAUCGAAACAUUGAAACGUGAUAUUAGUAUGUUAAAGCAACGUCUGGCUCACCAAGAAGGCGUGAACCACGAUAAUGAUAGCAAAUCCAUAAGUGCCGAUAAGAUAGUACAACUUUAUAAUAAGUAUGUUAAUUUUGAACUGCCUGUUGACACACCCCAAUCAGAUAACGAUAUGAUAGUGAAACUGGAAUCAAUAUUUAAAGCUGUUAGGUCUUAUAAACAAGAAAUGGAUGAUUUACAAGCAAAGUUAUUUGAAAAGAUAUCUAGUAUUAACAAUUUGCAAGCUCAAAUUGAUGAGUUAACAUCUGAAAAUGAAUACCUUACUUCAGACGUGCAGCAUUUAGAAAGUGACUUGGAAGAAAUGAAGAAAAACAAUGACUUUCUUAUAUCCGAGAUUGCUGCUUUAAAAAGCGCUUCUAAGCUAGAGCCAAUUAUAGAAACCCAUGAAGAUAACCUGGCAAAGUUGGAAACAGAACUUGCAGACUGCAAUAAGAUCAAUAAAACAUUUGAGUCAGAAAUUAGGAGGAUAGAAAAAGAACUUUCUGUUGUCAAAAAUGAGAAAAAUAUUUUGCAAGAUAGUCUGAAUGAUAUGAGAAACAAAUAUAAGAGUAUGCUUGAUCAACUUGAGAUGUGCAAAACUGAGUCGAGGGCUUUACAAGACUUAGAGAACGAUGAAAAAUUACUAAAAACCACUCAAGUUAAAAAAUCUACAGAUGAAUUCGAUCAGCUUAGAAGGCGCUUAUCAAUAGCUAAUUCAGAAAAGGAGCGGUUGGCAAUUGAUAACAACAUCAUAGAAAAUGAUAAAGUUAUUUUAAUAGGUGAAAUAAAUGAACUUAAAAACGCUUUGGUAGCGUCUUCCAACUCUCACAAGGAACUUGAGUCUAUGAAAAUAAUACUAGAUCAUAAGUUGCAGGAGUUAGAAAUAAAAUUAGAUGAAGUCCUAAAAGAUAAAGAAGAUGUAGAAAAGGAAAAUGUAAAAUUAAAUGAAGAUUUGCACACGCUUCAAAACAAAUUGGCAACUAUGAAUAUUAAGGAAAGUGAAAACAAAAAACUUGCGGAACAGUUAGAUGCUGCUCGUAAAAAUAAUGCUUCCUUACAAGAAAAAUGUGACUCCUUAUCUAAAGCAUUACAAAACUUAAGGCAAGAAAAAGAAGCUUUGCACAAUGAAUAUAAUGCAAUAAAGCAACAAUCUAUCUCAGUCUCAAAUAGUUCCUCAGAACUGGAAAAAAUUACCACUGAACUAAUGCUCAAAUCUGAACAGCUUAAGAAGCUAGAAAUGGAUAUCAAUAUAUUGCAGGAAAAUAAUAACUGCAUGAUACAGGAAAAACUGAAACAAGAUAAAGAAAUCACGGAUAAGAACAACACUAUUUUGAAUUUAGAGAAGCAAUUGCAAAAUGUUGCAGACUUGUCGAAAAAGUUACAAGACUUAGAGCAUACCAUAAAAGAUAAAGAUGCUCAGAUUGAAGCCGUGUUUGUUGAAAUAUCAAAUAAAUCGAAAGAACUAGAAGCAGCAAAUAUUACACGAGAUCAUUUACAAGACAAAAUAGCAGCACUUGAAAGGCAUCAAGAAAACAUGACUCAACAAUUACAGGAACAUGUAAAGGAAUUAAAUGUGAAGAAUAAUAAAAUAGCAGUAUUAAAUAAUAAUAUUUCACGAAUAGAUGACUUAGAAAAGCUAUGUGCUGAAUAUAAAAACAACAUUGAGAGCAAAGAAAAAGAGAUAGAAGGUCUCAAUCAGCAUAUUUCAGAAUUAAAUAAUAGAAUACAAGUAUCCGAACAUACAUCUACUUCAAAUGAUGAUCUCAUAAAAAUAAACGAGGAAAAAAUUGCUCUGGAAUCAUCUUUGAAGAAUCUACAUCAAGAAUUGCAAACAAAAGAACAGACUAUAGCAGAUUUUACUAGAAAGUUAGGAGUACUAGAAAAUACUUGCAAGGAGUACAAACUAGCAAUAGAUACUGCAAACACAGAAAAGACGGAAUUUAUUAAUCUUGUUAAUUUAAAACAUAACGAAAGUAUUCAAUAUCAUAACGAAAUACAAAGAUUAAAUCAUGUGUUACUUGAACAAGCAAACGAAUACAAAAAGUUGGUAGAAGAAAAAGAGCAACUUGCAAAAAACAAUGUGGAUAAAUGUCCAAAUUGUGAAGCCUUGCAAAGAAUUUUAAUUGAAAAAGAUGAGAUUAUAUCUGCACUGAAUCAAAAUGCGUCUGGAUAUGAACAAUUGAAGUCUGAACUAAACAACAACAAAGAAACAGUUAAGAACUUGACGCGUAGAUGUGAGGAUUUAGACAAGAAUUUAACUAUACAGUUAGACGUUGUUAAAAAACUGUCAGCGGAAAACUUGCAGUUAUCAGAAAAAGAGCAAAACUCAACACGAGAACUGGAGCGGCUCAGGCAUCAUCUAGUGGAGAUGGAGGACAAUUACACGCAAGAGCUGAUGACUUCGGAGCAGAAGUUGAACGAGUGCCAGUCGAGACUGCAGCAGGUGGAGGAGAGAGCUAAGCAGACAAGCACGGUGUAUACCAGUAACAGUAUUCGAGCGAACCAAGAAGUCGAAACUCUUCGGAAUCAGAUCAAACUGUUGGAGAAACAACGUGACGAAGUUCAGACUAGACUCAGCGAUGCCGAAGACACGAGGAGUAGAAGUGAAGCGGCGCUGACGAAUUUGCAGAUCGUGUUGGAGCAGUUCCAGCUAGACAAAGAACGAGACAUCCACGCAGCUACAGAGAAAAUAAGAAGACAGCUAGAAGAAGAGAAACAACACAGUCUUGAUUUGCAACAAGAAAUAGCAAGACUACAUAUCAAAUUAGAAGAAUCUAUAGCCGGACUCCAAGCGGCGACUAGGCUUGGUGAUCAAGUCGAGACAAAGACUGCUCAAAUAAACGAUCUAAAAGAACAAGUGCGAACACUCCAGAUAUCAGUGGCGGCGGCGGAGGAGAGGUAUCACAACGCGAUCUCCAACCAACAGGACAGAGUCGACAAGAACCUGGUGAAAAAUCUGGUUGUUAACUACGUGGUGGGGCAGAAUACUGGGAAUAGGACCCAAGUCCUCCGAGUCCUGUCCACGGUGCUCGACUUCAACCAGUCGGAGUGCGAGCGGCUCGGCCUCACCGCGGCCGCGCCGGCGGGCAGCCUCGCCGCGGAGUUCGUCAAGUUCCUACAGGACGAGUCCAAACCCAGGGCUGUUGUGGUACGGCCGUCAGACGUAACACGUAAGCAGUCUAUGACGUCGCAGCCGCCAGACGUGUCGCGAAGGACCAGCACUAGCAGCCAGCAACCAACUUUCGAGAUGGGCCACAGUCGCAACCCCUCCACUGGUUCCCACAACCUGCUCCUCCAGAACAUAGAGACAGCUACCCAAAGAUCAGCAGACUCGGAGACCAGGGUCAUAGGUGUCACCCUGGAGACAGGUAUCACACAGACUAGGAACAACGAGGGAGCUAUAUUGAAGAAUGUGCUGAAGGAUCUGGGAUAGUUGGGAAGCGAUCCGGCUAGAAGGACCAUGUAACUACCCUCAAAAGUAAUGAGUUUUAUUAUUAUUAUUAUCAGCCUACACUGCUGGGUAAAGGCCUCCCC